GGGGGUGCCGCCAUCUUCUCCGCGGUUGGGCUUUGGCGGUGGUGGUUUCUGUCGCAGCCACUUACGGCCUCUCUUGGGGCCUCCUGGAGCCUCGCCGGAACCGCUUGUCCAGGGAUUUACAGCAUCCUUAUCUCAGAAGAGCAAAACUGCUUUGAGUGGAAGGAAGUCUGCAAAAGAUGGCCUGAAGCAGGAGCCUGUGGCACCUUUGCGGACUAGUCCAACAAUGUGUAGUGUGAAUAGCUCAGAGACUCCCCGGCUACUAAGAUUUACGUGUCCGAGAUCUGUGAGGGAACACGAUCAGCAAAGGCCUUGGCAGGCAGUACCUGAUGAAAGUCGAGACAUCAUUGCUUCUGCUCAGUGCAUCUUGGACAGGGAAAAUUAUUUUGUGAGGGAGGUGGACAGAUAUUUGAGGCACAAUGAUUUCUUAAAUCUGAGAAAGAAGGAGAUCCUGUACAAGAAGUGGCUUAAGGAUGUUUCAGAGCCACUGCUGCAGAAAAUUGAGGACAAAAUGGACAGCCAGUCAAGCGAAGAAAUACGGAAAAGGAAAGAACAGCAACUCUCUCUCUAUUUAAACUACUGUGAAAAGAAGGGCUAUGUGGCUUUGGAAGUGUAUGACCCAUCAGAGUACGAUCCGUUCUUCCUGAAGACGUGUACAGACUGCUGGAAGGUUUCAAUACCAACAUUACCGGAUCCUCUGUUAAAAGACAUUCAAAGAAAGUUUGUUGAGACAGGCGUUAUCAAACAGUGCGAGACAGGAAGACCGUGUUCUACCAGAGAGCUGAAGGAACUCAGUAAAGCAGAACUGCUUCCUUUGAGCCGGCAACAUAUGGAUGCAGUUGAGUGGCUGAAGAUACCACACGCCUACAUUGCUAGUGAUGUCCACCAAACGAAGAGGAGGAAAGUCCUCAGCCGCCACAAAAAUGGUGAGAACCAAUGAUGUCACCUGCCCUCCAGCUGACUGCAGCAGCAGGCACAGCCAUCAGAAGGUACCAUUUGCAAAAUGUAUGUUACCUCUUCUGCCACAGCAAGCGAUAACCGGCCAGGUCUUCUGGCAAACCACAAUAAACUCAUUGUCUUGAACACGUAGUUCUGAAGUACUGUUACCCAGCAGCCACAGAAAUGUUUGUGAUGCUGCGCUGGUUAUUUCCAGCUCCUGUCCAUGCUCUACAGGCCAAAACCUACUAUUUUAGGAGGUUUAACUUAGGCUCAGCCCUACAAAGACAGUGCUGAUGGUCUCUGGUUUAUAGGGUGACACUGUCUUUGUAUUAGAGAUGAACUGGUGAGAAAAAUUAGAGAAGUCUGCUAGGCCCCUCUUCUACGCAGUGCAGCGUUGAGGUGUUAUGUGCAGCUCUGGCUACAGCUACAGCUCUGACUCUGCUCUAUUUCGUAUUACAAGAAGCGUGAAUGUCAGCAGUGGACAGAGGGAAUGGGAAAGCUUGCAAAAUUUUAGCUACAAUUUAGCUGUUGCAAUUGUGCAUGAAGCUGACAGGUUUAAGAAUUAAACCCUCUCUUUGAAUGAGAAGGAGGAGAAGGCGGCACUCCUGGCUAUGUGCAUGGUUAGCAGAUGUGUACAGAAGAAUGGCUUAGAAAGCACUGAUAAGAAAAUGAUGAUUUGGGUUUGUUUGUUCAAAUCUUUAUCAUAACUCCCAUAGUGAAUGUCUUGCAAAAUAUUAUUUGCAAAAUAACGUUAGGGUACUACCAAGGUUUCAAAGGACCUUCUGUUGGAGGCAGUGUACAAGCAGUAAAUCAGUGUUCCAAAAAGGCAGGAAAUAAUUAGGGGAGAGGAGAUGGUAAGUGUUCUUGUACAAAGGUGUCUGGCACUUCUGUCGCUCAGCACAGACUCUCUGAAAAGCUGUCAGUGCCCUACAAAUUGGUUUCUCUUGUGUUCCGGUGCGGUCCCUGCCUCCCUGUGAGUGUGACUGCACAGCAACACCAGCAUCAAAGCCUGAAAACAGAAUUUUCUCUAUACUUGUUCAAGAAGCUCCAAACUCCCACUGUACAGACACAAUCUCUCAAGAGUUGCCCAGAUUUAAUUUUAUUUAGGAUUAGAAAUACUGAACCACAGAAAACUGUUAAAAGUAACAGAGGUUGACUCAGCCCUGUAACAGGAGGGUACACAGAUGGCCACAGGGUGUGAAACUGUCAGACAUCAGGAGGUAUUGCUGCACCCAUGGAAAACAAGGGCAGGCGCAGCUCAGAACUGCAUGCUGUGCUUUUUCAACAAAGCCGUUUAAGGAGGCAGUAAAAUGGCUACAAUGUAUCAAACCCUUUAUAAACAAACUUUUUUUUUAAACCAUCCUUGAUUUCCUGCCAAGAGAAAGUUUUUGCUUCCAACCAAUCUCAUUUUACAGAUUUGUGUUGGGAUGUCAGUUCCCCCAAGCAAACCUUUUAAAUUUGUAAUAAACUUUUCCUGAAUUUAA